UCUGGAGGAUGCUAAUGCUUCAUUUGAAGAAUCAAGCACUUCUAGUAAUGAGACUGACUUAGAGCAUGGAGAACAGCUUGGAAUGUCUCUGAGAAGUCUUCAUGGUAAUCUCAUGAACUCUCAGCAAGGUCAUUUUGAGCAGAGUGAACCACUGACAAAGAAUAACUGGCAAGAUGCUGUCCAGGCAAUUCAAGCACUAAUCACCAGGUCAAAAAAACAGCGUAAGGGCAAGAUGCAAAGUACAGAACAUGGAGGACAGCAGACCACAGCUCAUGGGCUACAACAGCCCCAGGAGACUUCUAAACUGAGCUUGGAGCCAGGGUUCAUAGGUGUGAAUGGUACCAAUUCAAGCUGUGCAAAUGGAUGGGAGCAUACUGGUGCUAAACCCAAAUCAACUGUUCCAGGAGCCCCCUCAAGUUCAGUGCUUGAUAAAAAGGUCUUGACUGGGCAAUCCCAUGUCAAAGGCAUACAUGAACAGCUAAGCAGUGGAGGAGGGUCAUCUAUUGGGUUUUCCUUACAUGGAGCUUCUAAUGUGGACCACUUGAGGGACCAGACAGGCACAUUGAGAUGUGUUCCCCCACCACCAGAACAUGAAGGAAGGCAGACCACAGAUCAUUGGCUACAACAGCCUCAAGAGACUCCUAAACUGAGCUUGGAGCCAGAGUGCAUAGACAUGGAAGGCAUAUCCAAUGGUGAAAAUGAGUGGAAUGGACUGCCCCAUGAAACACCAGCAUGCGGAAUUAACCCUGAGUUUCUUGCCCAGCACUCAACAGACCCUCUCCUUGGAGGUUAUACAACAAGCAGUGCUGGAGCAAGCAAUACUCAAAAUCACCUCAUUCAACUGGAGCAGAAUGAAGUGCACUGUAUGCAACAUAAUAUGCCAUCUGAGCAAGAUGACAUAGUCAGGUGGUCAUCUACAAGUAUGGAAAGAGAAAGAGUUGCAAGGAGAUGGUGUUCUUGCUGCAGAGAUGAUCCAGAUUCUAUGCCCGUUUGUGAAGUGUGUUGUAGGCACCGUUACUGUGGACCUGGAUAUCGUCCCCAAAUGAACCAUGUGGAUUUAUGUUGCCACUGCUUUGAGGAAGUCAUUGGACAGUGCAUUAUGUUUCUAUGCGGGCAUAAGGCACACAAGGACUGUGUAAUUGCAGCAAUUUGCUUCAACAUGUUAAAUUGUCCAAUAUGUGGAAAAGAUUUCUUGCACUUGGCAUAAGGAAGCUGUUACACUUGUGAAAAGAUACUUUUUAACCAUGUUUUAAUAUCUUAAAAGAUAUUUGUGGUCAUGCAUAAACCUGUAACCUCGUUGGAUCAUUUUAAUGUCUUAAAAGAUACUCUUGGUCAUGCAUAAACCAAGGUUGCCAGGUUGUUAGUCCAAUUAAUAUUAACAUUCAGUUGGGCAUCACUUAGUUAAGAGGGGCAUGCUUUAUUUCACUUCCAAAUGUGGAUUUCUCAAGAGGUUUUGUUUCGCUAGCGAUACAUUAUAAUCUCUUCACAACCUGCCAAAAAAAUUAAAAUAAAAGAAAUGAGGUGAACUUUUAUAAUC